AUGGAGAAAUCGAAGAAGCAAGGAGAAUUUAAACCUCCUGCAAGGUUAGUACAAGAUAAUAAUACCGAGAAAGAAUCAUCCAAUAAAACAAAAAAUUCAGGGUCAUCUACAUCAAAUUCCAAAAAAUCGACAAACAAUAGCGAUAAAUUAGCAGUUCCUACUAUAAAAGAAAUACAAUCAAUGACGUCCCCAAAACCAUCUAACGAAAUUCCAACACCAGAUCAAGAUAUUUUUGAUCUUGAAGAGGAAAUGCUUUCACAGUCACAGAAUUAUGAUGACUAUUCGUCAACAAAAAAAGCACUAAGUUCUGCUCAAAAACGAUCUCAAAUUGAAAAAAAUAUUUUGGAAACUCCCGAAAAGAAAAAUAAUGAAAAGCAGAAACCUGAGAAAAACAAUAAGUUUAGCGAAUCAUCAAGUCAACAAGAUGAAUUAGAAAAAGAUGAAGAUUCAAAACCAAAUAAAAAGGAUAAGAAACAGAAAAACAGUCCAAAAACAUCAUUGUCUACGAAGAUAAAAGACACAUUCGAUAAUAUCGAGACUCCUACGCGAAAACAUAUUCCUUUAGAAGAAAAAAGUUCAUCUUUACAUGAAAAAGAAAAUAAUAACAAAGAACAAGAAAUAAAAGCUCCCGAACCUACAGAAAUUUCUGGAAAUGAAGCAGAACAAAAAUUAAAUGAAAAUAACGAAUCAAACAAACAAAACCAAAAGGAUCAACCAAGACCAGAUGAAAGUAAUAAAGAAAACCUAACUAAAACUCCAGAAAAAACAAAUAAUUCUUCUGAUUCGCCAGUUCUUCUUCAACAACCACUAAAAGGCGAUAAAAACGAUACAGAAGGAACAGAUCAACCAGAAACUCCAACAAAAAGAAAAAGAGGAAGACCUCGGAAGAAUCCGAACGGAGAAAGCAAACAAAGCACUCCAAAGAAGCCACUACAAAGUCCAAAGAAUAGUCCUUUAACGGUUUCUUCAGUAAACGCAGAAACUCCUAAAAAUUUACAAAAUAAUUCUCCGAAAACUUCAGAAAAACAUGAAGAAUUGCAAAAAAUAGAUGAUGCUACAAAGGAAAACACAGAUAACAAACAAGAAAUAAAUAAUAAUGAAACUAAAAUUGAAAAUACUGUUGAUAAUACAUCAAAAUUAGAUAAAUUCGAACUCUUACUAGAGGAAAUCACUGGUCCAUCGUUAGAGCAUCUUUCUCCUGAUUUUAGAGAGUUUCCAGAAAAAAUUAUUGAAAAAACUUUGGAUAGCAGCAAAACAGCAACAGUCCAACAAGAAGAGAAACCGAAAGAAGAAGAAAAACUAUCAUCACCACCUCCAGAACCUCAAAAACCAGUAGAAGAACCUCCAAAAGAAGAAAAGAAAGAAAAUGCGGAAAAACAAGAAACUCCUGAAAAAACAGAAGUCAAAAGAAAGAGAGGAAGACCUAGGAAGAAUGUAACUGACUCCGAAAAAGAAGUAAAUAGACUUAGAGUUCCUAAAAAGAAAACAUCCGAAAAAGAAUCAGUCAAACCUUAUACAAAAGUACCAACUCUCAAUACAAAAGUAAUUAGUAUUGAUUUCGGAAGUCCUCUUGUCAUAAACAGGCUCGCAAGAAGCAGACAAUACAUUCAUCUCAACGGAAAGGGCACAAUUUCUCUGAAUGGAAGAAAAUAUUCGGUUGAUCAGCCAGAAGAAGGGCAAGAACACCCAAGAAUUUACGCUGCUCCCGAAGUUGACCUUUCAUUCGAAUGUAAUGAUGAAAAUGAAACAUUCAAACUUCUGGAACUUACAUUCCUUUGA